GCAUCCCUCGACAUCACACUUUCCGUCAUCGUUCCCGCAUACAACGAGACCGUUCGGCUGCCGACCAUGCUCGAAGAGACGUUAACGUAUCUGGAUAAGCGGGCCACAGGGGAUGCAACUUUCAAUUACGAGAUCGUGGUGGUGGACGAUGGGAGUAAAGACGCGACUUCGGAGACUGCGAGGAAAGUCGCAAAGGCACAUUCACAAAAUUCUGGUGUGAAGGCACCGUGGGAGCGUCGGGAGUUGCGGGUGUUGACGUUACGGAAGAACAGGGGAAAGGGCGGGGCGGUGACGCAGGGGAUGCUGGCGGCUAGAGGGAGGCUCCUGCUCUUUGCAGACGCGGAUGGUGCGACGAAGUUUGCGGAUAUUGAGAAGUUGGAGGGUGCUUUGGAGAAGGUUUCUGAGAACGGGUUGGGAGUGGCUGUCGGUUCGAGAGCGCACAUGGUUUCCGCUGCGGCUGUUGUGCAGCGAUCCUUCAUCCGCAACUUCCUGAUGCACGGCUUCCACACCAUCCUCCUUGUCCUCGGCAUCUCCAGCAUCAAAGACACCCAAUGCGGCUUCAAGCUCCUCACCCGCCCCGCCGCGCAACACGUCUUUCCUAACAUGCACGCCGAGGGCUGGAUCUUCGACAUUGAGCUACUGCUCAUCGCGCUCAGCUUGCGGAUACCCGUCGUGGAAGUGCCUGUCAAUUGGCAUGAAGUGGAAGGCACGAAGAUGUCGUUGAUGAGGGAUUCGGUUGUAAUGUUGAUUGAUUUGUUGGUUAUUCGCGCCAACUAUGUUCUUGGGUUUUGG